CCCCAAUAAACCCCUUCCCCAUUUCUUGCUCUUGCCUUUUCCCUCCUCCGAUGGCAGACCCAAAACCCGAACCUUCCUCUUCAAUGCCCAACGCAGGACCCGACUCCAAACCUACCACCCACCACCUCACCAUCCCCACCGGGUUAACCCACGACGAGUUCUGCGACCUAAUCCCUUCCAUCACUCAGUUCCACACCUACUCGGUGGGUCCAGGCAAAUGUUCUUCCUUAUUAGCCCAACCUAUCAACGCCCCGCACGACGUAGUUUGGUCCGUCGUCCGCCGUUUCGAUAAACCCCAGACGUACAAACACUUCAUCAAGAGCUGCACGGUGAAAGAAGGUUUCCGAAUGGUCGUGGGUUGCACGCGUGACGUCAACGUGAUCUCCGGGUUACCGGCUGCCACCAGCACCGAGAGACUCGAUAUCUUAGAUGAUGACCGACAGGUCACGGGUUUCAGUAUCAUUGGAGGGGAGCAUCGGUUAAGGAAUUACAGGUCGGUGACUACGGUGCAUGGUUUCCAGCGUGACGGGAGGAUCUGGACCAUCGUUUUGGAAUCGUACGUUGUUGAUGUUCCAGAAGGGAAUACGGACGAAGACACGCGGCUGUUUGCCGAUACUGUUGUCAAGUUGAACUUGCAGAAGCUGGCCACCGUCACCGAAGGCUUAGCGCGUGAUGGUGACGGUCGUAAAUCACAGGUGAUGUGAAAAGGGCGGAAAAAAAAUAUAGAGAAGAAAAAAAAUUGUACCUUUCUUCUUUGUUUCUCUCGCUUUUCUUUGUGUGUUUUUGAUGGGUUAUGUUUUUUCUUUAAUUUUUCUAAUUUUAAUGCGUUUGGGUUAACCCCCUCUGUGAAAUUACCGGAAUAUCCUCUCUGUCAGUAGAUUGACUGGGAUGUGGGUGUGGACUGUGGAUACAUAUAUGGUAAGGGCGUUUGAGUCAAUGCGUUUGUACAGAAAUGUUUUUCACUUGAACAAUAUUGAUGCAAUUCUGGUUUUAAUUUUUUUAAUUAGCA